UUAAGCUAGGUUAUUGCGCCCCUAAACCAACUGACCGCUCCUCCUCCCCGGAACUCCAACUUUUAACCAACAUGGCGUCAAAUACUGCAGUUGGGGGAGAACCUGAUCAGGAGCUGGCAGAAGAAGAGGAACUGCAAGACACCAGAAGUUGCAGAACUGAACCCUCCGGCUUAGCCCCUGAUGGUGGUUGGGGCUGGGUGGUUGUGUUUGGCUCCUUCGUGGUGUAUUUUAUUGCGGACGGUUGUGUAUAUUCCUUUGGUGUAUUCUAUGAUGAACUUCUGGACUAUUUUGGAGAAAGUAAAGGAAAGACUGCUAUCAUUCCUGCCAUGUUGUAUGGAUUUCCCCUCCUCCUUAGUCCGUUUGUUUGUGCCCUCGUAAACCGCUUUGGUUGUAGAAUGAUAGGAAUGGUAGGGGGAAUUCUAGUUGGUGUAGGAUUUCUCAUAAGCAAUUUUGGCUCGUCUGUUGAGUUUCUGAUUUUAAGUUUAGGAGGCUGUUGUAGUAUUGGACUGGAGAUGGCUUACAUUGCUGCCAUAUUGACAGUGACUUAUCAUUUUGAGGCAAGACGUGGAUUGGCAACUGGGCUUGCUGUGGCAGGAUCUGGAAUAGGGACAUUUGCAUUUGCUCCUUUAUUUGAAGCUUUGAUAACGACGUAUGCCUGGCGUGGUGCUGCGCUAAUUUUGUCCGGUAUAUCUUUCAACAUUUUGAUGGCAUCUUGUUUAUUUCGUCCAGUUUUGACAGAACCUUGUUAUAGGAACCAGAAAGAUGCUGAACCAGGGGACGAUGAUAAUCAGAGACAGUUGAGACCAACAUCAAGUAUGGACUAUGCAAUAAAAGAAAACAUUCCUAUGGUACAGCUUCAUAAACCAGAAGAAGGGGAAGGAAUAGAUUCACUGGGUGAAAUGAUGGUGAUAUCAGAAUCUAAGAUUGUUCUUUUGAGUCGUGAAGGGAGCCAGUGUGAAAAGAUGUCAACAAUGUCUGAGCCAUCGGUUACAGCUAGUAUGAUUGUGUCAAAAGGUAGCAGUAACCAGACAUUUGAGUCUGAAACAGAAAGCAGCCUUGGAAGUAGUAGCAAGUUUAAAAAGGAUGAGAGUUUAGUACUGACUACCCCUCAUCUAAGACCUGUGGGGCAAGUUGUGUCAAAGAGUGCAGAACUUCUUAAUAUACCAGGAAAAGCUAUGGCUAGAAAGAUGUCUAGCAGUGACCAGGGACUACUGGGUAGAAAAGAAUCCAUCGGUAGAUGUACUAGUCUUCAAGAAAUACAUUAUCAUCGGGGUGGCAGUCCCAUAAUUUUCACAAGUCAUGCAAGCUUGAGACGUCCCACGUCUGAGUCAGUUGGAACAGCAUCAAUUCAGGAAGAUGCAACAAUUUUGAGACGACAUACUGUCACUUGUGAUUCCUCUUUCUUAUUGGAAUUGAGACAAGCCUUCAUAGAUAUGUUUGAUGUGACUUUGAUCAGACAGCCAGGAUUUUUGUUAAUAUGUGUGUCAAACUUCAUGCUCUGCCUGUGGUUCGGUGCUCCCUAUAUCUACAUCGUGAAUAAGGCUUCGCUGCAUGGCAUUGAGCAACUUCAGGCAUCAUUCCUUGUAUCCAUCAUUGGAAUCACAAGCACUGUUGGACAGGUUGUGCUUGGAUUCUUGGGAGACAAACUCAAAAACUGUGUGUUCAUUUAUGAAGUUUCUAUGGUGCUGUGUGGAAUAGCCACACUUCUCAUUCCAGCCUGCCAAUCCUACUGGUCUCACUGCCUCACUGUAGCUGUUUUUGGUUUCUUCAUUUCGGCAAACUACUCAUUGACCACGCUGAUCCUAAUUCAAGCGGUUGGGCUACAGAAGUUGACAACCGCCUUUGGAUUCUUGCAGCUUGGACAAGGCAUUGGUACUGUUCUUGGUACGCCUCUAGUUGGUUUGGUGUAUGACCGUACCGACAGCUACAGCAUGGCGUUCUACAUCGCUGGAGCCUGGAUCUGCAUGUCUGGUAUCAUCCUACUCCCCUUGCAUUGGCUGAUUAAAGAUAAGGAGAGCUGCCUCCAUGCCAAUCCAGAGGAGGAGGAAGAUUGUGCAGAAUUUGAAGAGGUCACUGUGCCGCUGCAGAUAUGAUAGUGAAGUUCUGGGGAAACUCUACCUCCAGAUUCUGCAAUAAUUCCCACUGGUGGUGAUGGCUCUAUUUUGUUUUGAAGAAAAGGAUCAAGAUCAUUUUGAUAGGGACCUUUUGAUUGCCAGGGACUAGACAAUGUACAUAUAUUGUUAAAAUCAAAAGAUUUUCUGAUGGAUCUUUUAAAAAAAUGUUUCGACACCGUCUCAUUUUUGUUGACCAUAGGACAAGCCAAUUUCAUGGGGUAUUUUACAACAACUUCAUAAAUUGUAAAAAAAUGAACUAGAAUAAUUUAGUGUCCACUUCAGGUAAUCAAGAGGUCAGCCAUAAAUUCUGAUGUGUCACAUGUUAUUUAUUGUUGUGUACCUGUAUUUAAUGAACAAUUAUUGUGCCAUAAUUAGACUAUGUUGUGCUGGUGUGUGAUGAUUGAUUUUCAGUGUGAAUUACAUUUUCACCGUUCUCAUCAAAGUGCCAGUUUGAUUUGUAGUAGACCCAGUCCAAUGUAUCCCUUGGUGCUUUUGUACUUAAGUUUGUAUUUAAACACAGACAAGGGUUGAAACAACCUGCAAAUAUGAUGACCUACAUUUAAAAAGAAUCUAUGUUUGCAUACAUGUACUCCAUGUCAUUUCAUAGUGCACGUUUGGUAUCUGCCGCUCCUAACAUUCUUCAAUGAGGAAACUAGAGUUACUUUAGAAGGGUCUAUUUCUGGGCCAGAGUAUGUAGUUAUGGUAUGACGAGUGUUUGGAUAGGUGAAAAUUGAGCUUUGUAUAGUUCUGAUUUUUGUCAACUUCUGUGCUCUGAUAGUCAUUAGAUUUGGUUCAGAAUAUUGGUUGGAAUAUUGGUAAUUUAUUGAACAGAUAGUAAUGAAACGUGAUCUUAUUGUACAGUUAUUGAUAAAAUUAUUGAAUAUUGUGUGCUCAUAAUUGUUUAAAAGGAAGUAAUUUGUGAAAAGCUAUUUAUAGGUAUGAAUUGAUAUAUAAGACAGUGAGUCAGGUCAGCCAAAGAUCCCUGUUCGCGAGUUGUCCCCAAUUCGAGGAGUUGUCCCUAAUUCGAGGAGUUGUCCCUUAUUCGCAGCUAAUUCUUAGGGAAACUCUUAUCUGGCUAGGGCUUUACUUGCGCAUGAGUGGUACAGCAGAAAGUAGUGCCAAUAGCCAGAAGUUGCGAAAACUGGGAUCCUUGCCCGACAGGUCUCUGUGUGUGUAGUUGUAUGAUGAAUUGCGUGAUCCAUGUUUCUGACAUUCCUAUAAUAGUAAUGGUUGUGCCUUUACUUGAAGCACUGUCAUAUUCAUACAUGUAGACCAAAUGAAUAACUGCUUGGUUAUAUUUGACAACAAGGGUGUGCCUGGUCGUGAAAGAUGUACAUGUAAAUUGGUAAACACAGGAAACACAUGUCAGGUUAAUCAUAUAAAUUUGAAUAAAAGAUUUUACAUGUAUGAAACCUGUAUUUGAAAAUAGCAGUGUACAUAUAGGCAAUCAAGUACGUCACUAUGUUACAAAUUGUCUCUCGUAGCCCAGCUUGAUAAUUUUUGAAGGGAACAAUUUAGUAUUACAUGUAUAUUAAAACUGAACUUAUUAAAACCAAUCAUCUGCUAUUUCAGUGACACUUUUUGUUGAAAAUCACCUUAUAUGGUAUGUCGCACAAAUAUUGUAAAUGUAAGGAAAUUGUCCAAGUAAUCUGCUCUCAGAUGUGAUAUUAUCAUGUGACCAAAUUAGAAUGUUGCGAUCAAAUGUUAUUAUAAUGUUGUAUUUAUAUUGUUGCCUGUGCAAUUAAAAAGAU